AUGAAGACAAUUAUCGGAAUCUCAAUUCUUUUAUGCUUCCUGAAAUUAACUAAUGCCCAGACGAACUGCACGGGGAGUCCUGACAGACUUAUCACGUAUGGUUGCAGGGCGUUCACUGCGUGCAAGAACGAAACGUUCUUUGAUAUAGAAUGUCCACCGGGACAAGUAGUGGAUACUGAACGCAUCUUGUGUGACGACCCAGAGAAUGUACCGCCGCCUUGCGGGGGAAGUAGGAACUGCACGGGACGUGAGGACGGUGGAUAUCCAGAUUAUUUUAACAACUGCACGUCAUUUUACACCUGUCAAAACGGAGUCAAUCGUGGCACUAGUUUCUGUCCCGGAGGUCUUGUAUAUGAUGACGAUCGUGAUUUAUGUGACAGACCCAACAAUGUGUGUGAACCUUGCGGAAACCUACCAGCAGCUAACUGCUUACCAACUGAAGCAUUCACCGGAUCUACAGUUACUACAGAGGAAAUGACGACAACAAACGUGACAACAGAGCCACCCAUUUAUAGAAAUUGUACAGGACGUCCGGAUGGGUAUUAUCCUGAUUUAGAAACCGGGUGUAGCUGGUAUUUUACAUGUGCAGCUGGUAUUAUGAGCGGAUUCUUUCAAUGUCCUCAAGGUUUAGUGUUUGACCCAGAAGACAAGACAUGUGACUGGCCAUAUGCAGCGUGUCCUCCAUGUGGUACGGGCACGUCCAAGGAGCCUGGGUAUUGUAAAAACUGUACGGAUAUUUCCAAUGGUCUACAGCCAGAUCUCGAUGACUUCUGUUCCGGCGCUUAUACAUGCGAAUUUGACCUGAUGGUGUUUCGGGGAAGUUGCCCGCCAGGUUCUAUAUAUGACCCUCAACGGUUGGAUUGCACCAAUAACACUGACGACGUCUGUCCGCCAUGUUACAAUGGUUCUGGUAAUCCUCCUGAACGGUGUGAACCCACUACAGAAACUCCAACUACAGAACCCCCAAUUACAAACUCUACGGAUACCGAAACGUCGGGAACAGAGGCUCCUCCUGGAACAGAAGAGCCAAGCCUCGCCCCAAGUACAAAGGCACCUAGUACACCAGCUCCGAGCAUCGCCCCAAACACAGAUGAGCCAAGCCUCGCCCCAAGUACAAAGGCACCUAGUACACCAGCUCCUAGCAUCGCCCCAAGUACAAAAGCACCGAGUUCAGAUAUCCCCGCUGGUAGCACGGUAAUAAAUACAGAAUCUCCCACCCAGAGAUCCAGGCUUGCCCAGCAAGAUAACGACGAAAACGAUAUUCUUGAAGAUGACAAUGGCCUAGUUCAGAUCGAACAUCCUAAAUUCCCAAAGAGAAACAAAUGAUGCGUUAAAACUAUAGUAUGCCAAAGAGUAAUAAUAUGACUGAAAUGAUAUUGGACUUUGUUUGAAGAGAAUUAUAGUUUUAUUGUAAAUUUUUAUAUGAUUUUAUAUUUUGAAGUUGAUAUCACAUAUGAAAAAACUGAAACAAUAUAUAAA